AUGGGCUUUGUCAAGAGGACAUUCAAAGACUCACAUGCAGCCCUAGUGGAGAAGCUCGUGGAGAAGGCACAUCUUCUAGAGUCGAACUUCGCGAACGAAAGGUUACGAGCACUACGAAACGUCGAACCAGGAGAGCGCAUGGCCAUUGGCGACAUCUUCAUCGCUCCACCGCCAGAUUACCUCUCACCGCCAGCGCCCGACUUCAGUGCAUGGGGUUACCGCUCACCUCGUCCUCAAAGUCCAUACGCGCCGUCGCCAUCGCCGCGCUUUGAGCUUCAGUCUGCGCCCACACCAACUUCAAUUCACCGAACCAAUACACUAUCGCCGCGCUACUCUCCACGCGCGCAUUCGCAACACUCGCGAAGUCAUAGCGACCCCAUAACAUCACCGGGCUUCUCUUCAUCUUCCACUCUCGUCUCUGAGAGCGACCGACCGGCCACACCACCAAAGAACGAUACACCGAAAUCUGCCAGCUUCAGUCAGCCGUCAUCCUCAGCGCCCGAACCAAGUCUGUAUCUUCUCCCCGCGACAACCUACGGGGGCGGUGUAUCACAAAAUCCGAUCACGUCGAACGCAGGCGGAGGGCACGUACGCAAGGAAAGCAACGUCUCCCUCAUCCCUCCGCGCAUCUCAUACACGCCCGAAGAGCGACCAAUCUCAUUUACAUUUACCAACGAAUCCCCUUUCGACACGCGCUCACACUCAGAAUCAAGCCUGGGCCCGAACCACAACCUCCUCGACGAGAUCGACGACGCAAUCGACCAGGUCUUUCUAUACACGCUCCCCAGCCACUCCUCACCAGGUAACAAUUCCCCUGUUGUUAGGAAACUUCACACUUCCACAAAGGACUCCCUCGCCGUGCCCGCAUGGGACAGGCGCGACACGCUGGCCGCAAUCGAAUACGACUUCUCGCGCAGCAACAGCGUAACCACACUCCCCGCAGCGAAAUUCAGCGCCGGCGAAACACUCCCUGCAACGAUAUAUGAGGGCGAUGUAGCGAAAACCACCCUUCCAGCGACCACAUACGAAGCCGACCUGGCGAAAACCACGCUCCAGUCAACAAAGUACGACGCAGAUGUCGCCAAAACGACGCUGUCUGCAGCCAAAUACGAGCCGCCGAAACUCACGCUGCCGAGCACCAAGUACGAGCCGGAGCGCAAGAAGUCGACGACUACGACGACGACGACGUCGACGACGGUCACGCUGCCGAGUACGACGUAUAAGCCUGAGCGCGCGCGCAAGGACUCGGCGGUGCCGUGGCAUGAGAAGGAAUUGCCGCCUGUGCCUGUUGACGGAUGA